UCAGAAAAAUGGUAGUAUCAGUCUCAAAGCGAAAGUCAAAAUCCUCAAAGAAGACAGAAGAUCCUCGUAUCUUCUUCUGUAACAAUAUUUGUUCUAUCUUUUUCAGAUCCCUUUUCUAUCUAACAUUUCUCACAAUUUUCUUCUUCUUUCUUAUAUCUCUGUGGUUUUCUUUUACCACCUUAAUCUCCGGCAACGUCCUCCAUAUCUGUGUGUUGUCUCGGAAACUCAACGAUCCUUACUGUCUCACGGCUGAUUCUAAACCCGUUUUUCAGAUGUCGACCAAUCUUACUACUAAAAGUGAUGUUCUCAGUAAAGAUGAGGAAAUUGGCUAUAAAGUUUCCGGUGAUGAUACCAAGCGUUAUGGUGUGAAUGUUAUUUCCGGUGAAGAUCAUAAAACCAAGAAGGAAUCAGUGGAAGAACAAGAUAAUUACAUCAAACCUAAGAAUGAAGAAGAGGGAUACGCGUUAAGGGCAGUGACAAAGUAUCUCAAGGUACAAAGAUCAUGGAUAUCGACUAGAAAUAAAAUCGAAAAUUCAAGAUCAUGUGAAGGAAAAGGAGUUUAUGUUUAUGAAAUACCGUCUAAAUUCAACAGAGAUUUGUUGGUAGAUUGCAUCGAUAUGGUCCCUUGGACUAACAUGUGUAAGUUUUUCAAGAAUGAUGGUUUUGGAGAAGCAAUAGAGAAUCUUGGUCAAGGUUGGUUUAGGACACAUCAAUAUGCUCUUGAACCGAUAUUACACUCUAGGGUUUUGAAGCAUCCUUGUAGGGUUUACAAAGAAAGCCAAGCUAAGCUUUUUUAUGUCCCUUUUUAUGGCGGUUUUGAUGUGUUGAGAUGGCAUUUCAAGAAUGUUUCUAAUGAUGUGAAAGACCGGUUGGGGAUUGAAGUUUUGAAAUGGCUUGGAUCAAAGGAAUCUUGGAAGAGAAACGCCGGCAAAGAUCAUGUCUUCGUCCUCGGAAAGAUUUCUUGGGAUUUUAGAAGAAAUAAGCUUUCUUGGGGCUCAAGUUUCCUUGACUUACAAGAUAUGCAAAGCCCUACAAGGCUUCUCAUUGAAAGACAUCCAUGGGAAGUCAACGACAUCGCAAUCCCACAUCCGACCUAUUUCCACCCAAAAACAGACUAUGAUAUCACCAGCUGGCAGGAAAAAAUGACUAGCAAACCUCGCCGUAAUCUAAUUAGCUUCGCCGGAGGUGCAAGACCUGGCGACCCCAAUAGCAUCCGCUCAACGUUAAUCGAUCAAUGCACAUUGUUUUCCGACCAAUGCCGGUUUCUAAACUGUUCUGAUGGAAGUUGUGAUAAGCCUGAGAAUGUCAUAAAGCUUUUUCAAGACUCUGAGUUCUGUCUACAACCGCCAGGAGAUAGUCCAACAAGGAAAUCCGUUUUCGAUUCACUAAUCUCCGGUUGCAUCCCAGUGAUCUUUGAUCCGUACACUGCAUAUUAUCAGUAUGCGUGGCAUCUUCCGGAAGAUCAUAAGAGAUACUCUGUGUACAUAAACCAAGUAGAUGUGAAGGAAAAGAGAGUAAAUGUAGUUGAGAAACUGAUGACAAAGACUCCAAGGCAAAGAGAGUAUAUGAGAAGUUACAUUGUUCAUCAUCUUUUGCCUGGUUUGGUCUAUGGAGACUCAAAUGCCAAAUUUCAUAGGUUUCGAGAUGCUUUUGAUAUUACUUUUGAUAAUUUAAUUGAGAAAAUCAACAAGUUGGUAUAGGUUUUUGUAAUAUGUGCU